GACGCCCUGCAGUUCCCUUCUUAUCCUCCCGGCGCGCCAUGCGCGCCGUGCGCCGGUGCUUGCCAGCGAGCGCGCUGCUGGUGUUGCUGGGGUCAAAGGGUGUGUGUCUUUUGCCGACGUCCCCGGAGGUGCUGGCGGAGGUGGCCGCCGCGUGCCGCGCCUGGGGCGCGCCCAUGGCACGCCAGCAGCUCAGACGCCUCGAGGGGAAAGGGCUCCGAAGCGCGCCGCGGCUGCCGCAGCUGCGCUUCUUCGCCCAAGAGCUGGACCCCGAGCUGCUCACCGACCUCGCGGCCUCCGGCGAGGUGCUGACGGACUAUGCGGUCCGGAAGCUCUGGGAAGAGGACGGGCUCGUCGCCAUCCACAAGCCCUGGGGCAUGCGGGUUUACCUGCCCCGGGAUGAGCAGGGCCAGAGAUAUAGGUGUUGGCCGGAGGAGGUGACGGUGCAUGACGCGCUGCGGGAGAUGUUGCCCUGCACAAAGAUACGCCUGGUGCACCGCUUGGACUACGCCACCGGGGGCCUGAUGCUGGCGGCGACGUCGAAGAAGGCAGCGGCGGAGGCGUGGCGACUCUUCAAGGAGCGCCGCGCUGCCAAGGUGUACUUGGCUCUGGUCCUGGGGUGGCCGCCCUGGCAGCACUCGCUGCUGCGCGCAGGGCUGCUGGACGGCCCAGAGGGCGCCUUCGCGCGCAGAGCCGUGAGCGCGGGAACCGCGGAGGAGGCGGAGGCGGAGACGGCGGAGACGGAUGUGCGGGUGCUGAAGCGGGGGAUGUGGCCAAAGGAGCCACACAGGCGGAGGCCGCCGCUGCCGGUGUCCCUGCUGGAGGUGCGGCCCAGGACGGGGCGCAGGCACCAGAUCCGCGUGCACCUGGCCCAGUGCGGCUUCCCCAUCCUGGGCGACGACGCCUACGGGGGCCAGCCCUGGGGCCUCCGGGGGGGCUGCCACCGGAUGUUCCUCCACGCGCAGCGCUUGGAGUUCGCCUGGCGAAGGAGUUUGGUGCUGGAGGACCCCUGCCCCUUCCUGGACCGCCUGGCGGAAAAGGAGUAA